AGCCGCAGUGGCCGGCUGGAGGUGCAAGUGUCGGAGCCGGGGAGAAGCUGGGCAAAGUUGGGCGCGUACCGGCCGGGAUGUGGACAAGGUGGGCGCAGUGACCGAAUGGGCGGGGGAGCUCAGGAAAACAAUCAUCAACUACCGCAUUGCACCGUUGGACUCCCUCUGUCCUUCGGUUCGAGGUGCAGGUUUCACAACUGGUCGAGCGUCAGCUUUAUAUAAUGAGCCUACUGCUAUGGCCAGCAACACUCUUGAAGGCUUCCAUGAAGUGAAUUUAGCAUCGCCUGCUUCUCCUGACCAUACAGAACUGUCUCAAUCAGAGACUAAUGAAGCUGCUGCCUCAGGAAUUCUUUAUCAUCCUCAUUCAUUGGUGAGCUCAAGCCCCGUUCAGCCCUGUACGCUGAUUACUGCAGACCUUCCUACCCAGCCGAUUUAUCCUUCCUCUCAGAACCUCAGCAGUGGAGAGUCGAGAAAUGUCAGCAAUAAAUUUUCAAUGCCGUGUGCUACCUCUGGAAGUGUACAUAAUUCACCAAAACAACUGACAAGUGAUGUUGGCAACCAUCGUGCAGAAGUGGAAUUUUUACAAGGUGUACUAGCAAUUGAUGUUCAAGAAGGCGCCGAGGAUGUCUUUGAACAAAGUACAGACAGCCUAUCUCAUUUGAGAAGCCCAUUUGUACAAGAAGUGAGGGAGAAAGGCUAUGAAAGACUGAAAGAAGAACUUGCUAAGGCUCAGAGGGAACUGAAAUUAAAAGAUGAAGAAUGUGAGCGCUUAUCCAAAGUUAGAGACCAACUGGGUCAAGAACUUGAAGAGCUCACAGCUAGUUUAUUUGAGGAAGCUCAUAAAAUGGUACGGGAAGCAAAUGUCAAACAAGCGGCAGCUGAGAAACAGUUAAAAGAAGCUCAUGGCAAGAUUGAUGUGCUACAAGCUGAAGUAGCAGCAUUGAAAACACUCGUCCAGACUUCUUCACCAACAUCACCCAUGAAGGAGCUUCAAUUGAACGCAAAACCUCAUUUUAAAAAGGGACAUGCUCGAAAUAAAAGUACAAGUGCCAUGGCAAGCAACAGCCAAGAGAUGAAUGUGAUACAACCUAUUGCAAGAGAUUGCAAAGAAGUUGAUUUGCUUCUGUUUGGUGAAUUUAAAGCAUGGAAAGAAGAACCAACAAUCGAUAAAACGUGCUGUUUUUUAGACAGAAUAUAUAAAGAAGAUAUAUAUCCUUGUUUGACCUUUUCAAAAAAUGAGCUAGCUUCCACAAUUCUUGAAGCUGUGGAAGGGAAUACUCUAAGCAUAGAACCAGUUGUUUUUCAACCUCUCCCUGUUGUGAAAGCUUCUGCAGUGGAAUGUGGAGGACCCAAGAAGUGUGCACUGAGUGGUCAAACUAAAACUUGUAAGCACCGCAUUAAGUUGGGAGAUUCCAGUAGCUACUACUAUGUUUCACCAUUUUGUAGAUAUAGGAUUAUGUCUGUAUGUAACUUCUUCACUUACAUUCGAUAUAUUCAGCAGGGUCUAGUUAAACAACAAGUUGAACAAAUGUUUUGGGAAGUGAUGCAUCUGAGGAAGGAAAUGUCACUAGCCAAACUUGGAUUUUACAAGGAAGAACUCUAAGAUUCAGUCUGGAAAAUAAAAUGCAUGAGCUUUGAGUGAUCAACAAUGUGGUUUCCAGAACUUCCUAGUCUGAAAUAUUUUUUUUUCUUAUAAUAGGUGUAUCAUCUGGUUCUUUUUCCCUAGUGACUUGUACUUAAGUGACAAAAGACGGUUUCCUUUCUUGCAAGUAUUUAGUAUUGUCAUUUUAAGAACUAUUUGGAGAAUUUGCAACUGUAUCAGUGGCACACUAUAGAAAAGAGGUGGGUGGAAUAAGAGCAGCUGAAAUAAAUAUUGAGCUCAGUUAAGCAAUUUGUUUGCUGGAGAAUUGGAUGUUUGUGUAUUAGUUGUGUUUUCAUACGCUUUAUUUCCUUUUUUGGAUGUAAAUCAUUUUUUCCAUUUGAAUUUAACAUGUAUUAAUAAUGGUUUGAGUUAUUCAACUUUUGCAUCGUGCACUUUAGUGUUUUCAGAGAGCAAACUUUUUUCAAAUCUAUAGCCAACAGACAGUAAAGAUUAGUAUGAAAUCUAUUAAUUAUAUAUGACUGUAACAAUCUAAACAUUUCCUAAAUGGCAAUAAAUCUAUUCUGGUAAAUGUUCUAGCUUGCAGCUUUGAAUAUUACCUGCACAUGAUGGUUAUAUGGGAAUAUGGAUUAUUCUGAAUCACUAGAAAUUAAUAAUGUGAAAUUAAUGAAAUAUUUGACCUAUUGAGAGAGCAUUAUUCCUAUCUUUUUAUACUUCAAUAGAAUUACAAUAUGAAAAUUCAAAAUAUCUAUCUCAUUUCCUUCAUCAAUGUCAUUUAAUGUUUCCUGCACAUACCACGUUGUCACUAGGAUGAGUUUGGGGAAUAAAUUGUUUUUGACUAGGCACCCUGCAAUUUUAUUCUAAAUAGACAAACAUCUUUGUCAUUGACGCUUAUCAAACGUUUGUCUGCACUAGGUGAUUGUGUUUUUGUUAUAUUCCUGCUCUCCAGAAUGUUUCCUGAGGAUGCCAGGGAAUGGAUUUUGACCGGAUUUCUUCCAGCCCGCUAUGAAACCUUUUAUUUGUAAAGAGGGGAAUAAUGCAUACUGCAUAUGGUUUCCCGUAGAAAUCAUUAGUUUCUUGGGCAAAAUAAUUCACCUCUUUGUUCAAUGUCACUUCCUGUUCAACAUGCAUUUUCAAUUGGACUCUUCUGUGAAAACAAAGCUUCUGCAAUUAUACAAAAAGAAAAUACUGUAGAUGCUGAAACUUUAAAUUAAAAACGCCCAGAGUCAAGUAGCAUCUGGAAGAAAGAAACAAUUAAUGUUUCAUGUCAAUUAGCUUUUCUGUCAAAUUUCUGUUUUGAAGACCAAGAUUUUGUUUCUCUGCAACGUCUGCAAUGGUAAUUGCAUUGCAGAUCACUGCUUUUUCUGUUCUUGUUUGGAGUCUUGUACACCAUGUGAGGAAUUGUGUAAAGGAUAAUCACUCCCUCCAGCGAGCAAAAUUUGAAAAGGAGUAAAUACCAGCAGCAGAGGAAAUGGACAGAUGGUGAAAAUAAAAGCUGCUGAAAUAGAGUUCAGUUAUGUUAAGCGACAUGUUUGCAACUCAAAUGAGUUUGGUCUAUGUUUUAAAAGUAAAUAAAAUGCUAAAAUUGG